AUGAGGCUUAAUCCAGCUAAGGUUGCGCCAGAGGCGGCCCCCGGGCGGGAGGCGGGGCAGGAACCGGGGUCAGAAGCGCAGGGGCCGGAGGCGGGGCCGGGACCGGACUCGGAGAGCCGGCCGCAGCCGGCGGCAGGGCUCGGCUCGGAGCUUUUCCCGGCCGCAGAGCCCGAGCCGGAGCCGCUCUCGGCGUCGGGUCCGGGACAGGAGCCCGAGCUGGGCUGGGCUGCGGGGCAGCGCGCAGGGGCCCCGCCGGAGUCGCCGCCGCCUCUGCCGGCGUCGGAGUCUGAGAACGGAGUGUCCGCGAGGCCCCGCUGCCACACCGACUGCCUGGAGGCGCCGCUCUCCCGGGCCUUCCGGCGGCUGGGAUGGGAGGUGGGCUCGCACCCCUGGAUCUUCCUGCUGCUGCCCAUGGUUUUAACGGCCGUCCUCGGCACUGGCCUGAUUCACCUGCCCAAGGAAGAAGAAGAAGACCUCGAGGAGCAGUACACCCCGAUAGGGAGCCCCGCCAAGGCUGAGCGACGCUUCGUGCAGGGACAUUUCACCGCCAACGACUCUGAUCUCUUCUCCAUCUCCAGGAAGAGCACCGAGGUCAAUUAUGCUUCCAUUCUAGUGGUCUCCAACACCAACUCGCUGCUGGAGCAAGAAACCUUAUCAGAAAUUAGUGAAGUGGACGACGCGGUCCAGGCUUUGUCUGUGACACAGGGAAACGGAACCCAGAUCCUCUACAAUGAGGUGUGCUCGAAGAACCAGGGCUACUGUGUCCCCUCCAACCCACUCUUGUUCGCCUGGAAAACGAACAAUGUCCUCAACCUGAAAAACAUCACCUUCCCCAUCUACAGCCUAGCCGGCCAGGUCGUGUACCUGACCAACAUCCUUGGAGGAACUGUGUUAGGCGAGAGCAUGGGACUGAGCCAGUUACUCCUGGAGGCCAAAGCCAUGCGGCUGCAGUACUACCUGAAGACCGGCGAAGGCGAGGACAGCGAACGUAGCAAGGCGUGGCUGAUCCACUUCCUGAACCAAGUUGGCAACCUUGAAAAGAGUCUGGCCUUGAAGAAGAUCCAGGUGGUCUACUUUACAUCACUUUCUAGACAACUGGAAUUUGAGGCAACUUCUAUGACAGUGAUCCCCUUGUUUCACUUGGCAUACCUUCUAAUCAUAUUAUUUGCAAUCACAUCAUGCUACAGGUGUGACUGUAUACGAAACAAAAUGUGGGUUGCAGCCUUUGGAGUGAUUUCUGCUGCCUUGGCAGUGGUGAGCAGCUUUGGCCUGAUGUUGUACAUUGGGGUGCCAUUUGUGAUCAUAGUUGCAAAUUCACCAUUUCUUAUUCUAGGCGUUGGGGUCGAUGACAUGUUUAUCAUGAUUUCUGCCUGGCAGAAGACCAACCUCAUGGAUAGCAUAAAAGAGCGGAUGUCCAAUGUCUAUUCAAAAGUGGCAGUGUCCAUUACAAUCACCACCAUCACCAACAUCCUGGCCUUCUAUACAGGAAUUAUGACCUCUUUCAGGUCCGUACAAUACUUCUGCAUCUAUACAGGAACAACCCUGCUCUUUUGUUAUUUUUAUAACAUCACCUGUUUUGGAGCAUUUAUGGCCCUGGAUGGUAAAAGAGAAGUAGUCUGUCUACGCUGGUUGAAGAAACCAGAAACUCCUGACCAAAAAUGUUCCUCAUUAAAAAAGCCCUGCUGCCUCCCAUGUAAUUCUCUCCGAGACAAACAUAAAGCUGAUAUCCACCCAAUGAAUUUGUUUUUUAGAGACUAUUUUGGUCCUUUUCUCACAAGCACUGAGUCCAAGUUUUUUGUAGUGCUUAUAUACAUUUUGUACAUCAUAAGUAGUAUAUAUGGGUGUUUCCAAGUGCAGGAAGGUUUAGACCUCCGAAAUUUGGCAAGUGACGACUCCUACAUCACACCGUAUUUUAAUGUAGAAGAAGAACAUUUUUCAAGUUAUGGUCCCAGGGUUAUGGUUAUUGUUACUGAAGCUCUUGACUAUUGGGAUGGAGAUGCUAGGCAAAAAUUGGAAAAAUGUCUUGUAGAUUUUGAAAACAGUGACUAUGUAGAUAAAAAUCUCACAGAGUUUUGGUUACGAGAAUAUGUGAAAUAUAUGGAAAACCACCAUCACGAUGUAAAUGAUAAGAUAACUUUUCUAAAAAAUAUUCCCAAUUUUGUAAUAGAUUCUCCGCUUUUUAUGUAUGAUAUUAACAUUACAUCAUCACAGGAAAUCAUUUGUUCCCGGGCCUUCAUUCAGACCAUGGGUGUUUCUUCUUCAACCAAUAAGAAGCUGAUGUUACUCCAGUUCCGAGACAUGGCCGAAAAGUGUGAAAUUCCCCUAAUGGUGUAUAACCAGGCGUUCAUAUAUUUUGAUCAGUAUUCUGCAAUAUUAGAAAACACCGUUCGAAAUGUAAUUGUCGCCUCAACAGCUAUGUUCAUUGUUUCCUUACUGUUAAUCCCUCACCCGCUGUGUUCUUUGUGGGUAACUUUUGCUAUCGCUUCUGUGAUUGUGGGAGUAACGGGUUUCAUGGCAUUCUGGAACGUCAAUCUUGAUUCCAUAUCCAUGAUUAAUCUUGUCAUUUGUAUAGGGUUUUCUUUUGAUUUUUCUGCGCACAUUUCCUAUGCAUUUGUUUCCAGUUCAAAGCCCUCAGUAAACCAAAAAACCAUCGAGGCAUUGUAUCUGCUAGGCUACCCUGUGUUGCAAAGUGCAAUUUCAACAAUAAUAGGGGUGUGUGUCUUAUCUGCAGCUAAAGCAUACAUCUUCAGGACAUUUUUUAAGAUUAUGUUUCUUGUUAUGGUAUUUGGAGUUGCUCAUGGCCUAAUUUUUAUUCCGGUAUUCUUAACCUUUUUCUGAAAGUUUGUUUGACUAGCCACUAACCAAUCAAAGACCAAUUAUAGAAUUCCUGAUUGCCCCAAUCCAAUCUGAUAAAAAUGUGCUAUUAAGAAUAGUCAAUAAACUAAAAACAAAGGCAUGUUUCCUUGGUGUGGAAAUCCCAUUUAAAAAUGUUAUUUAAAAUAU